AUGCGCCUUCACUACAUUUCGCUUCUUGUAGUUGGAGCCUCUUUAGAAAAUGCUAAGUCUAAUAUCGUGCCAACAGAAUUGACCCUGAGUACAGCAGCUUCACUCACUGCUGGAAAGAAUGAUGUGCCUGUCCUGAGGUUUAUAAGGACUUCCGUUAUUGCAGGCAAAGACGACGAAGAUGGGGAACAAUCCGCCACUGUGCACAGAGAUGAUGGAGAAAGGACUUUUUCUUUCAAUUCAUUAAUAAAUGUCGACGCUCUGAAGACAAAAGUGACAACGUUGAAGUUGGGGAUGUUUGGUAAUAAUCCGGUGGAGUACGCUUUUCGAAAGUACGUCUAUAACGAGAAGGCAGUUUCGACGCUGUUGCGAUACUAUUCCGAUAGCAAACUGUACAAAAUUCUCGAUGCGGGGAAGGUCGGGUCUACUAAAGAUGUUGCCGAGGGUCUCCAGAUUGCGCUAAGAAAGAGCUGGUUAUCCAAAAUAAACGACAGCCCGCUCAAUAUCUAUAAGGAGUUGGAACCGGGCAGCAAGCUGGAUGACAUUUUGACCAGCCCAAAUUUGCAAGUCUGGACCAGAUACCUCGAUCAAUACAACGCAGCACACCCCGACCGUAAGAUGGACGAGAUUGAAGUGUUGCUGGAUAGUUAUGAUGAAAAGGACGUUUUUGAAAUGCUCGAAGCGGCGAAGGAGGUUGAGGGCACGAAGAAGCUAGCGACGAAGUUGCAGAUGCAGCAGAGGAAGUACUGGGUCAAGAAUAAUUAUAGCCCGAAAGAAGUCUUCAGAGUGGUGGAGCAUGGUCGCAAGCUGGAUGACAUUUUGACCAGCCCAUAUUGGCCUGUCUGGACCAGAUACCUCGAUGAAUACAACACAGCAAAUUCCGGCCACGAGAUGGACGAGAUUACGGUGCUGCUGGGUAGUUUCGACCAAAAGGCCGUGUUUGGAAUGCUCGAAGCGGCGAAGGAAGCUGAGGGUACACAGAAGCUGGCGACGAAAUUGCAAGGACUGGUUGGAGAUGGAGUACUACCCUCCUAA